AUGCCCGAGCAAAGCAACGACUACCGCGUGGUGGUGUUCGGGGCUGGCGGUGUGGGCAAGAGCUCACUGGUGCUGCGCUUCGUGAAGGGCACGUUCCGCGACACCUACAUCCCCACCAUCGAGGACACCUACCGCCAGGUGAUCAGCUGUGAUAAGAGCGUGUGCACGCUGCAGAUCACGGACACCACCGGCAGCCACCAGUUCCCGGCCAUGCAGCGACUGUCCAUCUCCAAAGGCCACGCCUUCAUCCUGGUGUUCUCGGUCACCAGCAAGCAGUCCCUGGAGGAGCUGGGGCCCAUCUACAAGCUCAUCGUGCAGAUCAAGGGCAGUGUGGAGGACAUCCCGGUCAUGCUGGUGGGGAACAAGUGUGAUGAGACCCAGCGGGAGGUGGACACCCGCGAGGCGCAGGCCGUGGCACAGGAGUGGAAGUGCGCCUUCAUGGAGACUUCGGCCAAGAUGAACUACAACGUCAAGGAGCUCUUCCAGGAGCUGCUCACCCUGGAGACGCGCCGCAACAUGAGCCUGAGCAUCGACGGCAAGCGCUCCAGCAAGCAGAAGCGGACAGACCGCAUCAAGGGCAAGUGCACCCUCAUGUGA